GAAGUGUCGUAAGGAAACCACGUAGUACUCUCUGCGCAUGUGCAAAGCGCUGUCGGGGCCGCCCUAGCUGCCGUCGUCGCUGCCGGGGCUCUAUGGUCUCUCCCUAGAGCUUUGCCGUUGGAGGCAGCUGCUGCGGUCCUGCGAGUUUGACCGGCAUCAAGCGGCAGCAACAUGGAGGAAUUCGACUCCGAAGACUUCUCCACGUCGGAGGAGGACGAGGACUACGUGCCGUCGGGUGGAGAGUAUAGUGAAGAUGAUGUAAAUGAAUUAGUGAAGGAAGAUGAAGUGGAUGGUGAAGAGCAGACACAGAAAACCCAAGGGAAAAAAAGAAAGGCCCAGAGCAUUCCAGCCAGGAAGAGAAAACAAGGUGGCCUCUCAUUAGAAGAAGAGGAAGAGGAGGAUGCCAAUUCAGAAUCUGAGGGAAGCAGUAGUGAGGAGGAAGAUGAAGCUGCAGAGCAGGAAAAAGGCAUUGGAUCAGAGGAUGCAAGGAAAAAGAAGGAGGACGAACUGUGGGCCAGCUUCCUCAAUGAUGUGGGACCAAAAUCAAAAGUGCCCCCAAGUACACAAGUUAAGAAAGGAGAGGAGACUGAAGAGACAAGUUCAAGUAAAUUGUUGGUAAAAGCAGAAGAGCUAGAGAAACCUAAAGAAACAGAAAAAGUUAAAAUCACCAAGGUGUUUGAUUUUGCUGGUGAAGAAGUACGGGUGACUAAGGAAGUGGAUGCUACAUCUAAAGAGGCCAAAUCCUUCUUCAAGCAGAAUGAGAAAGAAAAACCACCAGCUAAUGUCUCUUCAGCUCUGCCGUCACUCCCUGCUGGGUCAGGGUUAAAAAGAUCAAGUGGCAUGAGCAACCUUUUGGGGAAAAUUGGUGCCAAGAAACAGAAAAUGAGCACCCUCGAGAAGUCCAAACUGGACUGGGAGAGCUUCAAGGAGGAAGAGGGGAUUGGUGAAGAACUGGCCAUCCAUAAUCGAGGGAAAGAGGGGUACAUAGAACGGAAAGCCUUCCUCGACCGAGUGGAUCACAGGCAGUUUGAAAUUGAGCGAGAUCUCAGGCUGAGCAAAAUGAAACCUUGAUGUUACGGGCAAAAUCAAGAGCAACUUAAUCCUGUUUACAAUGUGAGCUUUUUGUGCGUCUGUGAAAUGUUUUCCAGUGUUUCUCAUGAUCUGUUUCCCAGCAAGGUCUUUUUUUUUUUUCUACAUUGAAGUUCUGUCUAUGUAUCUUAAUCACAAAUGGUUUCAUUCACUUUACUUUUAAAAAUUUGUCCUUAAAUGAAUAAAUAAAAUAAAAGUUGGUCCUGUGAGAGGAUGAUGAAGAUGA